CAUGGGCAAAUGCCCCGUACACGAAGCGGCGGCGAGUAGGAGGGCCGCUGGGGUGUGCGUUGAAGCGUUGGGCGUGAGCCCGCGUGAAGCCGCCUCGGGUGCAGAUCUUGGUGGGAAUCUGGUUAAUAUUCCAGAACCUGGACACAGAGAUCGUCCGUCACAAGCGGACCAGCGCGGCAACGCAACUGAACCGAGAAACGCCAACAUUGGUCCCGGGAAGAGUUCUCUUUUCUUUGUAAGGGUUCUAACAGCGUACCAUGGAAUCGGCUUGCCCGGAGAUAUGGACGUUUAA